AUGGCACCGUCCCACGUAUCGGUUGCGUGUAAAAGUUUUAGAUAUACCGAAGUUGGCUGCCGUCUUGGCGAAGAGGAGCGAGAAAAUGGAUGUGGAAAGUUUUGGCGCAUUGUCAUUCAUGGUGGAGGCUCCGCCAGGAUAACAACGAGGACGAACCAGGACAAGGUCAUUGUGGUCAAACCGCGAUUUUGUGGUGACGAACCCUGCCUGUUGUACGUGGCUUCAUGUCGCACUCUCUCAGAGUUCCGGGAAGCCUGUUAUGAGGUGGUGGGGCAGAUGUGCCGUGUAGUCAAAACGUCUGGUCUCAUCAAAUACAGUAGCAUUAAGCAUUUGAGCUUUGUGCGCCGCCUUCCCAGCGGCAGUGGGCGGCCGCUCCUGCGUGUGCAUGAAUAG